AUGGCGGCGACGUCCUUCGUCCACACAUGUUGCCGCUGUAUGUGGCCGUUUGGAGGGAGUCGUGCUUUGGCUUACUUUGCCGACCCCAAGAAGAACGAAGAUUGCGAUGACGAGGAAGCCCAUCAUUUGCUGGGAAAUGUCAUUGAUAGCGACGAUGAGCAAGCACAGGCGGAUGCCUUGAGUCCCGACCAGAUCAGAAGAUUCUUGGAUGCUUCCAAAUCAAACCGAGCGAGCUCGUCUACGAGCUGGCAUCGCGAUUCGAGAGCAGUGCGAGGAGCUGGUGACCAAACUGGUCUCAUGAGCAGGUCGAGCGCCGGUGCCAAACCGACCACAAGGAGUGCUUCGACCUCUGCCGCCGGUGAGUAUGACGAGCUCUUUGACGAGGAACUCGAGGAUGAGCCAGAGAAUGUUGUCGGUGCGAAGUUUCGCUAUCUCGCCAAGGGCUCCGUGGAUGACGACAGCUUUAGCCCGGUAGAAACAGACGGAAGAGGCUUGGGCUUUGGUGGCGCCAAGCCUCGGGCUGCUGGAGUGCGAAAUGGUGCAGCACAGCAGGCAUCCAUGACAUCGGCUCCGCUGAACGGCAAGAGCUGUAUGACAUAUGAAGAAGAUGACGACGAAGAUGAAGAUGAGAACGUGGCUGAGGCGAGCUGCGGCUCCAUCCUGGAGUUUACCCGCCGGGACUUCCGUUCCCUCGCAAUCCUGGCGCCGGAGUUCACAGAUGUCUGCGCUCAGCUGGAUCAGGGUUCCGAGGCCAAGCUCUGUGAUUUGGCGAGCCACGUGCGGAACAUGGAGUCCUUAGUCCAGCGUAUGCAAGUCAAGGAGAAGCUAAGAAUAGUGUUCAUCGGCCCCCUGAAAGCUGGUAAGAGUACCCUCGUCAACAUGCUUCUUUCAACGUCGCUGGACGACUACGAGAUGCUGCUUCCUGUGGACAACAAGGCAGCAACUAACUGUAUUUGGAAGGUGGAGUCGUGUUCUGGUGACAAGGCCUGCGUUCUUCUCAACCAAGAACUCCAACAUGAGUGGAGCUUGGAGGGUGUGGAGGCCCGGGACAUCCGUGCCGACAUUGCCAACUUCCUGGAACGCCGAUUCUCCAGAGAUGCGAACCCACUAAACCGAGGGGAGAUCUCUGUGCUGCUACCCUUGCAGUUGCUUAACCCCUUUGGCUGCCACUACAGCUUGGUCGACACCCCGGGGUUUACAGAAAGCUCUGAGUAUCGUGACUUGGUGUCGAGUUUUCUACAGGAUCAUUCCCACAUUGCCUGCAUGGUUUGCCCACUUACAGAAGGGACUGCGCUGCCGGAGGAGACUCAAAGCAUGCUCAGACUGAAUUCCUACAGCAAGACUUUCUGGGUGCUCACACGCUUUGACAUGGCGCUCUUGUUAAAGACAGGCAAGCAGCGCUCGAGCAAGAUGUCAAACCGUCAAGUCGCUGACAGCCUUGUGGCCAAGUUUCAGAAGGACAUCAACGGCAUGGGAAAUGCCGCUCGAGUCUUCCGGCACGCAGCCGGCCUUAUGCUGGACCCGGAGGAUGGUAUCAACAAGCUUCUGCAAGAACACUUGCCUUUGGAGGAAGCAAAGACGUGGAUCAGGGACAUUCAGGCGCACGUGAAAGAAUGUUUCAUGGCAAUGCAGCAGGAGCAAACGGUGCUCAGCUCCCAGGCACAGCAAGCCAUGGUGCGGACAGCCGAACUGAUGGACGUGUAUACAGACAAGGUGAAGUCAUCCCAAGGCACUGUCGCACUGAGUGACUUCUAUUCUCGUGAGAUGGAAACUGCGGCCGAAGAUGCUGCAGCCUGCCUCGAGCGUGAAAUCAAACAGGAAGUGGAUACUCUGCGGGCAACACGGCUGAGCGAGCUCUGUGCCUCAGCAAGUGAAGAAGUCCUUAGGGAAGGCGGGAGGACCGGCAAAGUGACGUGGGUUCGCCACACCUACAUCGAACGGGUCCUAGCUUUGCUGGCGCCCAAGAUCGAGCAUGAGCUCGAGACACGGCUCGGUGAUGCAAUGCAACGAGCACACGAAAAGACCCUGGAAGUUGCCCUAAGGCUCUUGCGUGAGGCUGGGCUAGAUGGCCUUGCCGGUUCCGACAUCGGCAGUCAAAGCGAGAUCAUCCGACCGGAAACGAGUCAUCUUCGUGGCCGUUACCCUGUGGAGUCUGUGACCAUGUUAACUGGAGCCACCUUCUUGGUCGGCCGUGCUGCGGCUACCGAAGCUGGGGCAGCUGUUUUAGGUUCCUUGGGUGUGAGCUUCACUUCCCUGCAGCUGGUGGGCCUUGUGGGCUCUGCCAUUGGGGCCAUUGCUGUUCUCGGUCUCACAACGAAAUAUGCCCUUGAAGCACAUCCCUUCUGGUCGUACGAGGCGGCUCAGGCUGAACUGAUCGAGGACAUCAGGAGAACGAACCACUGGAGCAUCCUAACGCAGGCAUGCAUUGCCCGCUCGAGAUCACAGCUCUUGUCGAAUGCUGCAAGAUUCCGCUUCAGAUUUAGUGAGCUGCUGCUAACACAGGGAGCUUCACGAGAAGCACUGCACACAUUGUUUCCAGACUUGCCUCUGUUGGAAAUGAUCCGCGCAAAGCUUGCGGAAUGCUGCCACCACGUGCAGAAGUUCUCUGAAGCGGAAAGUUUGGCUUCCCGAGCAGGUCAGGAUGUUCUGUCCUGUUGUAGCUGUCACGUGCAACGAGCCUGGCCCGCAAUCAUUAGUCGAACCAACGUUUAUGUCGGUGAGAACUCCCGAACAGAUGCCGUUGACGGUUCUCUGCUGGCCCGCUUGCUGUGCUUCCGGACAGAAGCACUUGUCAAGACGAAUGGCUUUCAGGAGGCAAGCCACACAAUCGCCAUCUUCAGGAAGACAUUUCCAUCCUUGCUCCUCCCUGUGAUCUAUGGAUCUGCAGUGGAUGUUCUCUUGGCAUAUUACGAGGAGGAGGCGGAGCGCCAGUCCCAGAUUGAAGCCGAUGUGCGCUACUGCACGAUGGAGCUCGAAGCGCUACGGGAUCACGAAGAGGUACCGUACUUGGUGAAGAUCUGGUACCUGGCUGUGGUCUCCUCGUUCCCAAGCUCUCCCAGCACCGGUGGACAGGUGAAGGCGGCCAAGGCAGAAGUCAAGCUGCUGCUGGAAGCCAUCAGCUCCUGGUUGCAGGAAGAGAUGAAGAGCCCACCAUCCUUUGCCAGCGUUGUAAAGCAGAAGGUCACCCUCGUCAAGGAGCUAUCGAGCACGUGGACGAACUCGGAGUCCGAUUCCAAGUUACAGGAGAUGGAGAUAAAAAAGGUUUUCCUGGACCUGUGCGAUCAUUUCAUCGACGGCUUGGUCGACUCGGUUCACGCCUUGCUUGAGGCGCUGCCUCCAGAGCACCUUGACAUGAGCCGGCUGGCCAACAUAGUUCUGAAGCAUGUGCUGGCCACUGUAAGAGCCUGCCUCGAAAGCCAGCCAGAGCCCUUUCCCAAAGACGCUUACAAGAAUUUCAUGUCCCGCCUCUGCCCCGUGGAUGGAAGCACCGUUGCCGAGCUUUCGGAUGAAUGGGUUGCGGGGCCAAUGGUCUUGCCAUCAUCGCCUCCAGCCCUUCUGCCGGAGCUUGGCAGUACUGGGCAUGGAGCAUAUGGAGCACGACCCUCCUUCGGAUCUGUUGGAGUGCCUGCGGCCAGUGCGCUGGGUGAUGGGCGACCGUUGAUGGCAUCUGUCACAGUGCCCUCGUCGAAGGAGGUUCCAGGCCCUGCCUUGCUUGCGCCGGUAUCCUGGGACUCGGCCAACAGCAUGGUCUUAGAAGGUGACGGUGAAGGCCCCGAGGAUCUCCCGUCUUCACCAGGAGCAGUUUUCAGGGGUGGACAUGGGAUACUCGCAGGCAGCUUCAUCAAGGAGGUCCCAGAAGCGACUGCUGUCGCCGGGUGA